AUGGGCGACUUCAACGCUCGAGUGGGGAACGACCACAGCGCUUGGCCAGGUGUCCUAGGUAGACAUGGCAUUGGCAACUACAACUAUAACGGCAGGCUCCUGUUGGAACUCUGCUCUGAAGCAAAGCUUGCGAUAACCAACACGUUUUUUCAGCAAAAAAGCCGUUUCAAGACCACAUGGAUGCAUCCACGCUCAAAGCAGUGGCACCUGUUGGAUUACAUAAUAGUGAGACAGUGUGAUGUCAGGGAUGUGGUGCACACUAGAGUAAUGCCCAGUGCCGACUGUUACACGGACCGUCGUCUUGUCCGGACGAAGCUGAACAUCACCGUCAAGAUGAUAAAAAAAGAUGGCCUGCCUAGGGCAAAGAAGCUAAAUGUCGAAAGGCUGGCUGACGUACGAGAGCGCUUCAAUGUACUACUCGAGGCUGGUCUUCGAAAGCCCCAAGACGAUGAACCAGCGAGUAAUUGGAGCCAGCUAAAACGAUACUUCAGGACGUGA